AUGCCAUCCCUUCGCUCCAACGCCUCUCUAUUGGGUCUUCUGCUGCUCCUGAAUGCCUUCUGGACCAUCUCUCUCGUGGAAGCCAGUCCAGUGGCACUGCAACGUGACGCCAACCAGACUGAUCACGCCGUCGAUAUUGCAUCGAUCAAUGCUCGGUUCACACAGAAUGAGCACCCAGCUGAGAGAGUCAACCCUGCCGGUGACGCCUUGAACACAAUCCACUCUAUGACCAAGGCGAAGAGAGAUGGCACAGACAGCGCUGGCAGCUCUGGCACCGACGACGACAACGUCAUCAAGCCGUCUGUCAGUUACUCCUUACUCGGCAAGGUUUCUACCAUCAUCGAUCAUCUGCGGCACUGA